AUGUUAGCAAUCCAUGAAGGGAUCAACCCUCCAUUUCCAGAAAAUUUAGACGAACUACAAGAGAAUUCACAGAAGGGAUUCGGUCAGAAGUUGCUGAAUACUGUCCGACGUCUGGAAAAGAUCUUUAGUGGUCAAUCCGCUGACGAUGUCAAUUCGGAAAACACAAUCGACGAUGCGGUAUCAUUGUUCAACCAACUAAUUUCAUUAUUUUCACGACAUGGAAUGUUACAUGGGGAUAGUAUUAGGGCUGGGAAGAUUUUGCUGUCUCUCAAGACGAGCAUCAAGACCAAACGCCCCAAAGGGAACAAGAACAACAAACAAAAGAACAACAGCCUAUCUAUGGACACUUCGAACGAGGCCGAGUCUGCAGAUUCUUCAGGCUACGAACAGGAAGCUCUCAUAUUUACAGCAAUACUUCGAGUUUUAAACGUGGAGAAUGCAGGCGAUGAUUCCAUGUUUCAAACCGAUCGAAAUCUCGUCCUGGCACUGACAGCCGAACUAUGCGUGGCAGUUAGUCAAUUCGUCCAAGAGUCCAAUUCACUCGAUGUGUGCUGUCAGGCAGAAUACGAAUUGAUUCUCCAGACUGGAAAGCCCUUGUUGGCAGGGCUUGUCAAGGCUAUGACUUCGCUCAGUAGCGGCAUUCAAACCUACACCAAACAAGUGACAGGCACGUCGCCUUCUCAAUGUCUCACCUUGGCACAACUGGAUGCGGAUCGGCACAUUGAUCCACUGGUAUCCUGUCUCAAGGCCACGUCGUCUUUGGUGAGCCUAUUUGGAACGAAACUGUCUCGAAGUCAUCGUCUCUUGUCCGACUUGAGACAGCUAUCCUGGUUGUUCUUGACUGUCAAUGAUAGUGAUGUUCAAACGUGUUCCGCUCGACUCAUUGCUACCCUUCCAGCUGCCGGUGGUACGGAUCGGACCUCCCCUUCUGAUCUGUGGAAUCAGACCAUGUCAGAUGUGAUUGAUUUGUUGGCACGUUCUACCAAGGCAAUGGCCCCAUUGGCGACAUCGUCGAAGACCAACAAGAAGGAGGACGAUAGUAAUCUGGCCGAAGAGACUCGAACUGCUUAUCAACUGUGGCGGAAAUGUGUCAAGGAAGAUUUGUCGGAUGAAAUGGAUCGAGCCUUGACCUUUCGAUGCUUUCUCUCCGGACUGACAAAGUGUUUCCAGUCCUUAUUGCUACUCGACGGAAUUGGCCACGGCGCGAAUGCAUCCAUGAUGAGUGGUGCGAAAGUGAAUGUGCAAAGCAUCUUGGAUGUCAUUGAAACGUUUGUUACCUUUCCACUUUCGGCUGAAAAUCUGUUCUAUAAAACGAAGAAGCGACUGAGAAACGAGUCCAUUGAUGGAGGUUUGCUCAGCCCCCGAAUCGCGGCAACCAUGCUCGGCAAUGAUCUGAAGACUUUUGGACACAACAUGUUGGACAUUCUUCUACAGUGUCUGGGAGGGCCGACACUGUUGCCUCAUUCUGUCCGAAUAUCUCGGAUAUCCUACGCAUCCUUGCUAACAUCCUGUUCAGCUCCAUUGAGGAAAGCUUUGGAUCCAACAAGGUCCGGCGUAGACGGAAAGAAACGAAAGUGGCUGCAUCAAUCGAUCGCCCUUCGAACAGUUGCCAUCAAUACACUCACAGCCUCAAUCGCACAUUUUGGAAUUGGGAGGAAGGAAAAGUCUGCCACUUCUUCCAGAACAUCCAGAAGUGAGGGAGAGAUGGCUGCGGAAUAUGUUGCUGGUUGCUUUCUGGAAGAAGUCAUCCGGGGAAACGAAGCCAACGGAUUACUUGACGACUCUUGGGGUUCAAGCUCUGAAAGAGUUGACUUAGUAGUUGCAGCACUGGGUUGCUUGCGCACUGUACUCGUUUCUUGUGGAGGAUAUCUAGAUAUGUCAUCUCGAUCUCUGAUCGAUUCGACGGUGCUCACUGGAUUGGUGGAAAUGGAAAAGCAGCAAACAGUGCUUUCUUCGUCGGCUCCGACCAUUGCCAUGCUCGAAUUAUCAUUGUGUUGCAUCACUACCCCCUGGAAUGAUGGAUCAAUGACUUCAAUGUAUGACUCCAUUGUUCGGAUAGGCAGAAGAUGUGAGAAUCAUGCUGACGUCAAUGUUUGUAAGUCUGCCAAGUCACUCUUGAUGGUCUGCAAUACUGUUUCGGUACCCCGUGCACCAGCACUUCUCUAUGUGUCGAGGGUUGUUUCGAAUCAACCACGUCAAGAGUCAACAGCAGCUCCAGAGAGGGCCGCGUCAGAUCUGGUGAACGAUUUACAAAAGACCAGAGCAGAUAUUGCCAGGGCACAACGUGCUGACGAAGCUAUGAAGAAAAAGAAGGCAGAGGAAAAGCGUCGCCGGCAGAAUGAAGAGGCAGAAGAAACUUUUAGAAAACGGAAGAAGGUCGAGACACCACCAAAACCGAAGGCGUCUGGGAAAGAGGAUUCGAAGGUUGAAAACCAGGCUGAGAAAGAGGUGGCUACAGAGCCCACGAAGCCUCAAGCUGCGAUUGCAAAGACAGGGGUUGAAGAAAAGCCCGAGAGUCCUGAAACAGAUCCUCAAAAACGAGACCAAGAGGGGAAGAAUGACGAAAUUGUCGACCCUACGCAUUCGUCAGACGAAGAGGAUGCACCCAUGGAAGAGGGCGAUGGUGACAACUUUGACUUUCCUGAUAUCGUUGAAGGCGGUGGUCCCGACUCUGACGACGAGUAA